AUGACGCUGUUGUCGCUGCGUCAUCCCACGCAUCUGCCCGAUGCCCUGCUUGAGCGCGCCAAGCAAGUGCUGGAGACACCUGGCCUCAUCUCGCCAGGCCAGCUGCGCCACCUCUUCCUGCACUUGGAAGCACUGCCCCACUACCAGCUCAUGCUGAAGAUUGUCAGCAAGCAGAUGAAGCUGGGCACCGACAUCCACGCGCGCGUGUGGCAGUCCAUCCUCAAGUCCAUGGCCAACCACGCCCGCGUCGAGGACCUGGAACAAGUGCUGCAGGUCACCACCAGCAUCGGCGUGUGGGGCGCAGAUGCAUCGCCACCGCCGGGCGCCCUCAUCGCACGCGUGCACGCCUACUUCAACACCGGCGACCUGCACAAGGCGCUAGACGUGCUUCAGGAGCACGUGCACCGCGACCAGCUGUUCGAGUCCCACGCCAACUUCACCCAGCUCCUGCGCGGCCGCGUGCACCAGGACGACCUGGCUGGCAUUCGCGCCGUUGUGGAUGCAUAUCCGCAGCACGUGUCGCUCAUGUGUCUGGCGGCGCUGGCACGCGUGGCCCUGGACCGCCGCAACGAAACGCUGGCCGCCCGUUUGCUCAUGCUGCGUGACAGCGACAUCCACCCCGUCUCCGUGCGCGGCGGCCUGGUCUUCCCCAUCAACAACCUCUGCCGCCUCACCCUCUCCAGCCUGAUUGGGCGCGGCAGCAAGAACAUUGCCGUGCCUUUCUUCAGAUGGAUGGUCGAGAACAACGUGCGCGUGUCCACGUCCCUGGUGCGCUCCCUCCUGGCCAUGGUGGCCGACUUUGGCGACGUUCCCCGCGCCUGCCACGUCGUGGCAUCGCACCUGCACUCGGAUCGAAGAAUGCCUGCCGAGUUUGUCGACUUGCUCGUUCGCGCAUAUGCCAUUGCAAAGGAGAACAGCAUCAGCGAUGCCAGCAACGACAGCAGCAGCGGCGGCAGCGACGGUGACGGUGGUGGUGGUGGUGGCGCUAGUCAAGAUGAUGCUGACGAGGACGAGGACGAGGAGGAGGACGACGAUGAUGUUGAGGACGCAGAUACGCGGGAACAGGCAGAGCAAGGCAGUAGUACGAGGAGUAGCAGCAGUGGCAAGCGCAGCAGUAGCAACAAGAGGGGAAAGAGCGGGAGAGGAGGGUUUGCAGCAGAGGCGAGGCAGGUGCAGGUGUAUCUGAAGGAGAGUGGUGAUGGGAUUUCGAAACGCCAGGCGCGCCACAUUGCACGCACGUUCAACCACAAGUGGGCAGAGCACCUCAACAGCCCAAAGCAGGCCAGCACGCGGUGA